CUGUACGAUAUAGAGACACCAGACAGGGUCACAUGUAGCACAGAGUCAUAUGGACUCUAUGGGGAGAUUUAUCUACUGGCGUGCUCCUGCCAAAUUGCGUGGGCAGCGUGUUUUUAUUUUACGUACAGAUGCACUGGUGGGUGCGCUGAAUUUAUCACUUGCGCAAAAAAUUAUUUCUGUGUAAAUUUUUGCGCCAUUUCACUCCAGUGACCAACUGCCUUAGGAAUGUGUGUGAGCUUUUUUUAUGCUUUUUGUUGCACUAUCCCGGUGCCUCCUGUCAUUUGCGCAAUUUUAAGAAGUGACGUGCGCUACAUAAUAAACUGGAUAAAAAUACACACUUGAGCGUGUCAUCCAUAUCUAGGGAAACCCAUUAAAUAGAGGCUGCACUCUUUCCCUUUAUCAGUUACUUGCAGGACCUCACAAGAACAUUAGUUACGUUGCUGUCAUCAUGGCGUAUGACACUAAUAUGAGGUUCAAAUUUUCCAUAUUGGCCACAGGACUUCAGAUCCUGCUAAUAGUAUUAUUUGGAAUAUUUGUGCGAUAUGACACCCAUAGCCAUUCAUCACCUGCCAACAAUGCCACGCAGUGGAACGAUGAAUUCAUCGACUUAUAUCCAUUUUUUCAGGAUGUGCACGUCAUGAUCUUCGUGGGCUUCGGGUUCCUGAUGACCUUCUUGAAGAGAUAUGGAUUCAGCAGCGUCGGCUUCAACUUACUUAUUGCAGCUUUCGGUCUUCAGUGGGGAAUAUUAAUGCAAGGAUUGUGGCACUUACACAACGGGAAAAUUGAAAUCGGUAUUAAAAGUAUGAUAAAUGCCGACUUUAGCACCGCAACAGUGUUAAUAUCUUUUGGAGCUGUGCUGGGAAAGACGAGUCCUUUGCAGAUGCUUAUCAUGGCCAUUCUUGAGAUAACCAUAUUUGCAUGUAAUGAACAUCUUGUUGCGUUCCUGGGGGCUACAGAUAUUGGUGCAUCUAUGGUCAUCCACGCAUUUGGAGCCUAUUUUGGUUUGGCCGCUUCUGCUGUUCUGUAUCGAUCUGGACUGAAAAAAGGGCAUGAACAUGAAGGCUCCGUCUAUCACUCUGACUUAUUCGCAAUGAUUGGAACUCUCUUUCUGUGGAUGUUUUGGCCAAGCUUCAACUCCGCCAUUGCCAACCAUGGAGCUGACCAAGAGAUGGCCAUCAUUAACACUUACUUCUCACUGGCAGCCUCCGUGCUCACUGCUUAUGCCUUCUCCAGCUUGGUUGACCACAAAGGAAAGUUUGAUAUGGUUCACAUCCAGAAUGCCACCCUGGCCGGAGGUGUAGCGGUGGGUACCUGCGCUGACAUGAAUAUUGGACCCUUUGGCGCAAUGAUUAUUGGUUUUACUGCCGGUAUAAUUUCUACCCUUGGAUUCAAGUUUUUAACUCCAAUUUUUGCAUCUAAGCUCAGGAUUCAGGACACAUGUGGAGUACACAAUCUGCACGGUUUACCAGGGAUUUUAGGUGGGCUGGCGGGUAUCGUGGCCACCGCCCUUGGAGCUAAACCCAACUAUUCUCCUGUUAUUCAAGGAGCUGCAUUGGCUGCAACCUUCGCUGUUGCUGUUGUUGGAGGUGUUGUAACAGGCUUCAUCUUAAAAUUGCCAUUCUGGGGGCAACCUCCUGAUCAGAACUGCUAUGAUGAUACCCUAUACUGGGAAGUUCCUCUUGAGGAGGAAGAACCAGAAAACCAUUAUCAAAGAGACCAAGGAAAAAUCAUGAUAGAUGCAUGAAGUGACCUUUGCACCUUCUUUUGGAAAAAAUAAAUAAAUAAAUAAAUAAAAAUAAUCAAAAAAGUAAAAAAAUACAAGGUUAAGCUUGGAUACGCUAUUGUAUCCAAGAUCUGGAGUGACGUCAUCUAGAAAAUAUGGCAUAUGCUAGCAGUGACUUUGAAUGCAUCAUUUACUAUGAUAGGUACCGUAAUUCAUGCAUUACCCAACCAGGGCGCCUCCAGCUAUUGCAAAAUUACAACUCCCAGCAUGCCUGGACAGCAGUGCUGGGCAUGCUGGGAGUUGUAGUUUUGCAACAGCUGGGGGCCCCCUGGUUGCGGAACACUGCUCUGACAUAACAGAUACCACUGACCUCUAUAAU